AUGUUCCGUACCAACUUUCUCCAAUUGCUCUUUGUGACCUUGAUGGUCAUUGGUGCGGUCUUUGCAGAUGUGAAGCCCGAUGUCUCCCAGAGUGAGUCUCUCCAGGAUGCUCUUGACGACUUGAAGGCAGCUUCGUUCCACGAUGCUCUCCAUGCCCUCUCCGCCAAAUUCCGCCAUGGAAUCUUCCCGACUGACCUUCACGCCGCCGAGGCCCUGAAAGAUGAAGAACCAACCAUUGCCAGUCUGAUCAAACUCGCCAAGCGGGAUGGCAAUGCCACUUCCACCCCCGAGGCUACCUCUAUUCCCGAGGCUACCUCUGUUCCUGCUGCCACUUCGACUGCUGAGCCUACCUCGGAGGCCACCACUUCCCUGGAGCCGACUUCCACUGAGACGUCCGCUACCUCCGUGCCAACCACUGCCAAGCCUACUUCUUCUGAGCAGACUACUUCUCUGCAGCCUACCUCUACUGAGACGACGUCUGUUCCGCAGACCACUGCCAAGCCUUCUUCGGAGACUUCCACUGAGAAGACUACUCAGCACACCACUACUGCACCCAGCACCACUAGUGAGCACACCACGACUGAGAAGACUAGCACCACUGCGCCCACAACCAGCCAGACCACCACUCACCACACCACUUCCGUGCCUUCCACUCUGUCAACUGCUACCAGCUCUACUUCCAGCCGCGAGUCAACUUCUGAGUCUAGCGAGCACUCUUCGCAGACCAAGUUGACCACUUCCACUUUCGAGAGCACCAGCACUCGGCCCGAUGGUAGCUUCACUACUCUCACCUCCAUCACCGUUAUCACCCCGGCCGCUGCCACAGGUGCGUCCGAGACCAACGCCGCUCGUCCUGGUCUGCAAACCGGCAAUGCCGCUGCUCCCACUGCUGGCGUCGCUCGCGAGGUUGUCGCCAUGUUCGGAGGUGCCAUGAUGGUUGCCAUGGCUCUUUGA